AUGGGGACCGCCGCGGACCGAAUCGCGAACGCGGCGGUGGUCGCCGGCGCGGCGCUCUACGUCUCACUCCUCGCGUUCGCGUUCAUGUCCACCGCGGGCGACGCCUUCCUGCGGGGUUUCAUGGUCGACCAGACCCCGGCCAACUUCGUCUUCGUCGCGCUGACCCAAGUCGUGGGAUGCGCGUGGCUCCUCGCGGGAACGCUACGGGUGUUCGAGCUCUCGCGCGGGCGCGUCAUGGCCAGGGCGCUGCUGGGUCACGCGUCGUGGGAGCGUCCGCCGGUCACCGCGCGCGACGUCGCCGUCCUGGCGUCCAUCGGCACCAAGACGGUCGUCGGCUUCAUCGGCCUCUACUCGGGGCUGUGCUGGGACGAGUCCAGGGACGGCGCGGGGUCGGAGAAGACGUGCGUCGGCGCCGUCGGCAGCCUCUUCGACGGCUCGCCGGUGGUCAUAGAGUUCUUCGCGUGCGUCGCCGUCGCGUCGCUGCUGGUGCUGCCGUGGCCGCUGCCGGCGCAUCGCGCGAGGCGCGCGUUCCUGAGGGUCCUGUGGGAAUGCCUGGGAUACGCGUUUUGCUUCCCGGCGUUUGGACCUUUCGCGUCAAAGACGACGACGGACGGCGACGCCAGAGACGCGGCGGCGAUGCGACGCCAGAACAGCGUGCGCGAGCGCCUGCUCGCCGCUGGCGGGGGGGGGGAGGGCGAGGUUGACGAGACGUCGUCCGCGAUGGACGUCCACGAAAACAGAAACGUAUUGGGACACCGAAACGGAAACGGAAACGAUCCGGAUAGAGACGACGUCGCCUCCGUGGCGGACUCGGUGAUGACGCAGAGCUCGCCGUGGUGGUCGGAGCGGUCGCCCGUCGACCUCGCGCACGUGCUGGUCGCCGACGCGCUGACAUCCGCGGGGCUGAUGCUGUGGCAAGGGGAGUUCACCGCGUGUCUGUUUGUGACGUCGUCGUGGUCGGCGUCGCGGACACCCGGGGUGGGCGUCGGGAAGCAGGGCGAGCAGUGCGCGGGUUUCGGUAACGCCAACUCGCUGCUCGCCAAGCCAAUCGCCAUCGCGCUGCCGUUCUGGAUCAGGUUGUGGCAGUGCGUGGCGCAGGCCAGGCACGCGGCCAAGACGAAGGCGAGACCCAGCGGCCACGUCUCCAGCUCCGCGAGGGACUCGUCCACCCUGCACUUACUCAACGCCGUCAAGUACGCCUCCUGCCUCGCCGUCAUCGGGUGCUCGGUGUGCAUCCAGAUGGCGGAGCUCGACGGCAUUCGACGCGGCGUCGGCGCGUGGCACGGCACCUUCUGGAACGUCUCCGAGGAUGCCUGGUGGAAGACGUGGAUAUGUUUGCUGUGUCUCAAGACGGCGUUUACGUUUGCGUGGGACGUCGUCGUGGACUGGGGUCUCGCGCGGGUCGGGUGCGACGGCCGCGCGGCUCGGGUCGGGUGCUUGUGCCCGUGCUGCGACGACGGCCUCGACUCGGACAUGGACACCGACGGCGGCGGCGGCGAUUCCGACGAUGAGAGAUACUCGGGAGACGCAGACGCAGCCGGUGACUCCCCCGCGCCCGCGCCCGGCGCCCCCAACCGGCGCCCUCGAAGGUACCCCCCGUUCCUUCGCAAGGAGCUGCUCUUCGUGAAGCCCGCGAGGUAUUACGCGGCGGUCGCGUUUAACUUGGUGGGUCGCACGACGUGGGGGCUGGCCAUCUCGCCGCACGUGUGCGAGGGCGCGUGCGUGUUGUCGCUGGGAAUCGUGGAGCUGGUUCGACGAGCGGCGUGGACGACGCUCCGGGUGGAGAACGAGGUGAUUCGAACGCACGCCGAGAGGCGGCGCAGGCGGCGGUUGGGGAUACGAAACGCCGAGCGUUACGCGAGGGCGUUUCGGAACUCGCCGCUGAACCGGAGCCGCCGGGUGAGCUCGGUGACGAGCAUCGGUAACGAGAUCGAGACGCCGGAGCCGCCGGCGUCGCCCGCGUCGUUCGUCGGGACGCCCGCGUCGCCUUGA